AUGGAGGUACUGCAAAACAUGCAACGAAUGGACAGGCGGAUUAUGGAAAUUAGAAAUUUGCGAAAAUUGAUGGACGAUAAGCUAGACAUUGACCUUACGGUGGACGUGGGAAAUUACAUGAACGCGCUAGCCAAUUUACACAUUUUGGAAAAAAAAAAAAAAAAUUCCCAACUGGUGGUAAGCUCGGAGGAGCUCAGAAGUUGCGGCAAUAAAAAGGGCCGAAGGAAAUCGAGAAAUAGCGUCUCGUCAAAUAUGGGUGGACGAGGAAGGAACAACGGAAAUAGGAAUAACAAGUCGAACGGAAAUGGAGGGCGUCGUGAUGGGGGCCGCGCCGGAGGAAGCGGCGGGUACAGUGGAGGAAACGGCGACGAUAAUAACAAUCGUGACGACCGCGGCGACCGCGGUGACCGUGAAGACCGUGAUGACCGUGAUAGCGAUGAGGAGGAAAAGGAAACCCCCAAAAAUAACGACGACGAAGACAGUGACAAACCCAAGAAGGUGAAGAAUAAAAAAGAAGAAGGCGAAUCCGAAGGAGCUGAUGAAGGUGGAGAAGAAGCCUCCGAAGGGGUAGACGAAUUAACCGAGGAAACGCGCGAUGAUGCGGGUGAAGUGACUCAAACGAAGGAUCUCGAGCAGAUAAAGUUGUUGCCGGAUAUACAGUUGCUCGGGGCCCCCGAAAAUUUGAAUUCACAGAUGAGCGAAGAAGAAGCAAUGGAAAAAACAACGAACAUUGUUGAAGACAACGACAUAAUUAACAUGAUUAACGACAACGCGUCGUCCAUUCGAGAGUACAGUUUUGAGGAUACGCACAUCAAGGCGUGUCUGUUAGAGAACAACACGGGGGUGCAGAGGUUAUCGCCAGAGGAGGCUCGAAAGAUCGGGAAGAAUACCGUAAGCAACCCUUUUACGGCGAGCAGUUGUGCAGGAGAAACGGACGAGCAGUACGUACGAGUAGAAAGUCUUGGGGAUAGCGCUGUUGGCGUGAUUAACCUCGAUGAGUGUGACACAAUGCAAAGAGAGGAAGAGAACUUUGCAUCCUCCCAGUUCAAGCGCUACAAGACCGAGGCCAUCAACAAGUGCAUCCAAAGACAACAGACAAAGAUAAAGCUGAACAAUGUUUUGGACGAGUUGAUGGUAAAAAACCCACACCAUGUUGAAUACCCCCAGGGAGAAAAUUCGGAAGAGAAUAUAUUAUAUGAAGGAGACAAGAACAAUGGUUUGGAAAGAGAAAAUGAGAACUCUCAUCCACAUAAUCAGCAACACGAAAACUACAGCAAGAACUAUGACCAGAAAUAUAGCGACUUUAUCAAACACUACGUAACGAACGUUGGGAAUUUUUACAGAGAUGUGGCCAAACCACAAGUUGAAAAAAUGAUGAAUGCACAAUCACAAUCCUUUGGACUAAGACACCUAUAUAAAAGUGCAGGAGAUUCAUCGUACGGAUAUGGUAGUUCCGAAUUGAAUAGAUCAUUGUCUACCUGUAUGGAAGAUGGAGAUACGAAGAGGGAAAUGGACGACUGCAACUUGACAAAUUACCUGACUUGUUCAGGCGACAAGGAAAUAAAUAGAUAUUUCGAAGAAAACAUGAACUGCAUGGCUACACCCCUGGCAGAAAUGAAAAAGUACAUGCCUAACCACUUGGGGUAUUACGAGAAUUUUAAUUACUCCAAGGCGCUGGAAUCGCUGGGGAAUUACAGCUGUACGAAUGCCAAGGAAUACCUCUCAAAUUACGACUGUGUGAAUAGCGCGCGCGCGUUUGUAGAAGAGAAUUCCUGCGGGACGCGCCUGGCACGCCUGACGGAGCAAGUCAAUCUGGAAAAUGUGCGAAAGCAAGUUAAUCUGGAAAAUGUGAGAAAGCACGUCAAUAUGGAAAAUGUGAGAAAGCACGUCAAUAUGGAGAACGUUCGAAAGCACAUAAAUAUGGAAAAUGUGAGAAAGCACGUGAAUCUGCCUUCCAUGGUCAAGCGCAUCAACAUAAGGAGCGUCGCUGAGCGGAUCAACGUGGAGCAACUAAAGCAACGCCUAGACGCAGAGGGCCUUCUGAACGCACAGUUCUUCGAUGGAAAUUACAACAUACUGGGAGACGCCUACAGAAAUUAUGUGAACAAGUACAUCGAGGAAAUGAAGAAAUCCCUGCAUCAACAGAAGGAGCACUACACACAAAACGCCAACUGCAAUGCACACUUCAUGAACAACGGUUUUGUCAAACUAGCUGCAAGUAAUCUUCGUAAUCUAGGUCAAGCCUAUUUCAAAAAUAGAAAGGAAUUCAACUGGAAUAACCAUAAGAAGUACAUUGCAUUUCAUCAUAGGAAAUAUGUGGGGUUGUUAGAUGAAUGUUAUAAGAGGAGAGUUCAGUCUGUGAAGAAAAAAAUUAAGGUGAACAAGGAAUUUUUCGACAACUACUUUAGAGCGUGCACUAUUGACUGCAACAGUAACUCGUACAUGGGUUCAAAUGAUCUAUCCAGAAGUGCUAUUUCUCUUUUUGACUAUGGAAACAUAGAGGUAAAUUCGCUCGAACAGACGAAUUCUCUAAAUAUAGGCGAUAUGCAUCUCCCCUCCUUAUUUAAGGGUUCAGGUUCUUCGUCCAACUUGAACAUGGUAAAUAGUAGCAGUGACUCAGAAAUGGUAGAGAGCGUGUACGGCAAGUCGGAGGAAGGGGCAAACAGCAGAUGCAACCGAGACAUGGCCACUGAGGAAGGUGAAGAUGCAUACGGGGAUACGUACGAAAAUGUUGAUGUGGACGAUGAACAAGUGAAUAUCCCCUGUUUUCCACAGAAGGAAAACAGAUUGAAACAUUUGAAGUCGGUCAUGGCAGACAGUGGAGGAAUCGAAAGCGAUAUCAUAUAUGAUCAAAAGAAAAAUAUCUUCUUCGACAUGAACGACAAUGCUUAUGUACACGUUAAGGGAAAUUUAUAUUUUAACGCAAAGGACAAAUUAUUUUACGAAAUUGACUAUGUCGAUGAUUUCUCCUACGAAAACCUCAGGAAGGGAUUCCUUCAAAUGGGGCAUUUCCUAGUCACUGAGAAGUAUGCCCCCUGCAAACUUAUCAUGCGACUGUGCACACAGUUUAAUUCGUUCAUGUACAACUUACUCGGGUUGCGCAAGUACAACGUUUUUUACGCGGACCAGGAGAACCUCGUCGAAAUUAUCAUCAAGUGA